AUGGAACCAGCUAAUGAUGUUGAGAGGGUGGAAACUGAUCAUCAAGGCGAGGUUACUACCGACGUCGUUGUGCCGUCAUCUCAAGUGCUCGUGACAAAGGAUACUCCGGGGAAUCUCUGCCAUGACGGAAGGUAUAUUCAGUACAACAUGUUUGAGCAAAUCUUUGAGGUCACCGCAAAGUACAAGCCACCGGUUAGGCCUAUCGGAAGAGGUGCUUGUGGCAUCGUUUGUUCGGCUGUGAACUCUGAGACCAAUGAGGAGGUGGCAAUCAAGAAAAUAUCGCAUGCAUUUGAUCACGCCAUCGAAGCAAAGAGAACUCUCCGUGAAAUAAAGCUUCUUCGUCACUUCGAUCAUGAAAACAUUGUGGGAAUCAGAGACGUAAUCGUGCCUGCUCAGAGAGAUUCAUUCGAAGAUGUUUACAUUGUGUAUGAAUUGAUGGAGCAUGACCUGUAUGGAGUCUUAGCAUCUGGUCAAGAGCUAACCAAAAAUCAUUGCAUGUUUUUCUUGUACCAAAUCCUGCGGGGAUUGAAGUACAUUCAUUCGGCGAACGUGCUACACAGAGAUUUGAAACCGAGCAAUCUCCUCUUGAGCACACACUGCGACUUGAAGAUCUGUGAUUUCGGGCUUGCUCGUGCCACUCCUGAGAGUCUUUUAAUGACUGAGUAUGUUGUCACAAGGUGGUACCGUGCACCUGAGCUCCUCUUGGGCACUUCUAAUUACACCGCAGCAAUUGAUAUUUGGUCCGUUGGCUGUAUUUUCAUGGAAAUUAUGAACCGUAAAACGCUCUUCCCUGGUAAAGAUCAAGCUCAACAGCUUCGUUUGAUUAUGGAGCUCAUAGGCUCUCCGUCUGAAGAAGACCUUGGAUUGUUGAGUGCUUCCGCUAAGCAGUACAUAAGGCAGCUUCCUUAUAAGUUUCCUAGCCAAUCUUUCUCUGAGAAAUUCCCGAAUGCCCCUCCGUUAGCAAUAGACUUGGCAGAGAAGAUGUUAACAUUUGACCCAAGAAAGAGAAUCUCAGUUGAAGAAGCGCUUGCUCAUCCAUACCUUAGCUCGUUGUACGACCCUAGCGAUGAACCAGAGUGCCCGAUGCCCUUUGUUUUCGAUUUAGAUGAGCGUACACUCACAGAGGAGGAGAUUAAGGAGUUCAUCUACUCUGAAGCCCUAGCUUUUAAUCCUGAGGAGCCCCAGGAAAAGUUGACUUUGGCUUGACAACAAUUAUGUAAUCAGUUUUUGCUUUUCAAAUCUUUGAAGUUUGAACUUAUUCUUUCCAGUUUUGUUGGAUAAUUUCCUUGUAUUUCCUUCAGUUCUCUGUUGCUUGGACUGAGAUUUUCUCAGAACAUUCUUCAUGUGGUUUUA